CAAUUCGAUUCCGACCUUGAUGAGAGAAUACAUCAUAUCUUGGCUCUUAAGACCGUCUUCUUUCCGAUCUGGCAACUUCUCAGCUCUUUACGUACAUACAAUUAAGGGAGCUCGCACUAGACAGUGUCAGUCAACAUGAGCAAUUUACCGACAGCUAUUCCCCGAAGCUCAUGGGUCCUCGUGACGGGAGCGAAUUGCUACACUGGCAGCCAUGUGGUCAUAGAGCUUCUGAAGCAAGGCUUCAAAGUGCGCGGAACAGUGAGAGAUCUCUCAUACAGCAAGUGGCUGCUCGAGCAUCCAGCCGUGAAGCCGCACGCAGACGAAGGAAAGGUGGAAUUGGUCGUCGCAAACACAUCAAAGCCCGGAGAUUUCGAUGAGGCGGUGAAAGGUGUCUCGGCUGUUAUCCAUCUCGCCAACAUCGGCGAUUAUACGCCAGAUCCGAAUGUUGGUUUCGCAUCAGCCAUCGAGGCUGCCUUGACCGUGUGCCGAUCUGCUGCCAAGGAAGCUUCAGUCAAGCGAUUUGUGGUGGCAGGUGGACUAUGGACAUCAGUCUGGCCUAAGCCUGGGGAGACCAAGACUGUUGGGCAGGAUACGUGGAACGAUGAUUUGGUUAAGGUUGCACAGGCGCCACCUCCGUAUGAGUUGAGCCGCAUCCUUCCAGUUUAUCUGGGUGCCAGAGUUGAAGCCGAGAAGGCGGUAUGGAAGUUUGUCAAGGACGAGAAUGUUCCCUGGGAAGUCAAUUCAGUUAAUCCUUGUUGGAUUCUGGGUGAUCCGCUGGAUGCGAGACAUUAUGGACCUAUGCCUACUCAGCUUUUGCAGCAACUAUACCUCGGCAAGAUCGAAGCCUUAAAGGACAACACAACGGUCUACUACACUCACGUGUCCGAUGCUGCUGUCAUUUACGUCGCAGCCACCAUCGAUCCAGAUGUCAGAGGCGCUCGUAUUCCAGCACUGGCCGAGUCUUUCAAUUGGAACAACGCUUUAGCCAUCAUGCGCAAAGCAUAUCCGAAGGAAGCCUUUGAGGAAGACUUUAUUCUUGGAGAUCCUGUUCUGAGCUACAAAAUGAGAACCGAUAUGCCACCUGGGCUGCUGCAAAAGUGGGCUGGAAGGAAGUGGAUCAGUCUUGAGAAGGGAAUUACUGAGACUAUCGAUUUCUCGAGGAAGCUUGGUAACUUGGACUAGUUCGGCUGCUUGAGGUAAUGCAGAAAUCGAUGGAAAAGCUUUCAAUGUCUUUAUGUAACGUAUAUGCUGAGCUGUUACGAAAUCUUGGCAGAAUGAGAUUUAUGGAAACGAGAAAUACUAUUUUGAGCCACACAUGAGGACAUACAACAUCGGCGAUAUCCCUAGGCUUUGCCUGCAGGCUGCUCCAGUGGCUUUCUUCCAUAAACCACGUA